AUGGCACUCAAGCUGGCUGCAAGGACGGAGGUUGUCACCAAAGGGAAAAGUUUGAACUAUUAUUGGGUUAGCUCAGCAAGUGUGGAUGUUGUUCCUCUAUUUCUUGGACAAGCUUAUGACAUGCAAAUUGAUGAGGAAGAUUUAACUAUUGUAUUGCCAUCAAAGCUUGAAGAGGAGCAGAGGCAAAAUGGUCCUCUAGUUUACAUUCACCAUAAACCCACAUGCACAAGUGUCCAAUCAUCAGGUGAGAGGAGCCACUUUGCAAAUAAAAUGAAAGCCAUGAACCGAUUGAAAGCCAAGCUUCUCAUCCUUGCAUUGGAACAAGGAGUUACCAAGCCUAGUGAUAUCAGGAAAGAUGAGAUUUUCAAUGUGUGGCAAAAGGAGACUCGAAGAUACAUGUCUCAUCCAUAUAAGUUAGUCAAGGAUGCAAAAACGGGUAUCCAAUUACCUGACCUUAUGUUUGUUUUGGAUGGAAAUCUAGAGCCUCUUAUUGCUGCUCAUAUUAAUAUAAGACAGUAA